AUGUCGAAUCCGCGUUCAUUGAAGCGGCAGCGCAUUUAUCGCGCCUGUGAUCAGUGCCGUCGGCGCAAGUCCAAAUGUGAUGGAGAGCAGCCUGUAUGCUCUAUCUGCAGCCAUGCCAACCGGACCUGCACCUACGAGACGGGUGGGGGUCGACGGGGGCUUCCAUCUGGCUAUGUACGCAGCUUGGAGAUAUUCAUGGGCUUAAUGCUGAGACAUGUUCCAAGUAGCGAGACUACAAUGCAUGGUCUGCUCCGGGAUUUGCGGGUCAACGGCAACUUUCUGACGAGCAAGCUUGGAAACCAAUCGGUUUCAGUUUGGCGAAAAUCGAAGCUUCACCGCGAAAUAUCCCAGUUACUUAACUCUGGAACCGAAGAUGGUGGUUUUGAUGAUCCGGAGUGGGAGCCGGUGGAGCCACCGGACCAUGAUGAGACGCCGGAUGAUCAUGAUACAGCGCCUUUGAUUGCGGAACCCAACAUACCUGAGACCAUUCAGGAGCAACCCAGUCCAAUAAGAAGAUCACACAGCUUGAGCGAACUGCAAAUACCACACAACACGUCUGACCUGGUAGAAUUUUACUUCACUUACACCCAUUGCUGGUUUCCUAUACUUGAACGCCGCUCGGUGCUACGCGCUAUGCACCAGAGUAACGGCCAUACCUCUGGAGACUCCUCAUCUCGGAUGGUUCUUUGGUCUUUGAUCACGUAUACAUCUGCCAUGAAAGGAACUACCAAUAUUGGAGCCCCGCACCUGUUCUCUCUCCAGCUCGCCGUUGAACAGCAGGCAUUGACACAGUGGGAAAGCUUGGAUCUAGGUCACAUCCAGGCUUUAUUGAUUCUUGUCCUGGUCCACAUUGCCAUGGGAAACAUCAGUCAAGCAUGGACACUUGUUGGACAAGCCACGAGAAUGCUGGUCACAUUGCCUUCAGAGUCAAGAAAGGCUCGCUUUAAUCAUACCUUCAACGGGUGUAUUCUUCUUGAUAAUAUUUUAUCGGCCCUUCUAGAUCGAACACCAUGUCUUUCCCCAGAAGAGCAGUCAGCAUGUUCUCCGGUGGAGGAAGAUGAUUUGGAGGAGUGGGACGUUUGGUCUCCAUCUCGUCCAGGUGAGGACGCCUCGGGACGGAGGAUACCGUCCACACCUCUGCGAGCAUUGAGCAUAUUCAACCUUGUGCAGAAGCUCAUGCAAAGUUUGUGUCCAAUAUUAUAUCAUCCCUUGGAUGCCUCUCGCGUUGGAGAUCUCCUAGACGACUUACGACAAAAACAAAGUAUCAUCUCAGGCAGCCAUUCCUACGACAGACGAAAUCAUGCCAGUCCUCCUCUUCUGAUACUCCACCUUACAUCAGCUUUUACGACACUUUCUCUAUGUCGCCGGUUUAUUUCAGUCUCCUCAAUGAUCACAGACCUGUAUGCCAGCACCAUUCAGUAUAUACUCAACAUUCUUGAUCAUUAUCGUGAAACAACUGGCGCAGUUGGCUCCUCGCCACUCACCCUCUGCUUUGCACUUCAAUGCCAAAAAUGUCUUGACUCUUCAAACUUCCCGGCAAAGGCAGAGCUUCAAUUACGCGCGUCUAGUUUUCUCUGCCCUCUAAAAACAAAUGGCUAUGAUUGGAGUAAUAACUUGCAGACCAUAACCCUCUUGCCCUUCAUGGAACCAAGAAGUCAGCCACCUGGGAGGUUGGACGGCCCAGGGCAUGCACCAGGUAUUGGGAAUUUACCCAAUUCGAGUAGCUUGACUACUUUCCGGCCCCAAGAACCAUCAUCGGUUAUGGGUCUACCAACCAUCCCAGCAUCCACAGACUUUCCAACAUCGCACGCUCUCGCCAGAACAGGGGAUACUGAAAUAUACGAUGCCUUGUUUGAGGAAAUGGUCAUCUCGUUUCCUGCCAGCAGACAAGAGCCAUCAUUUGCUCAAAAUCUAGGUUUCUACGAUGGAGAUCUAGACACGGACUUCCUGGCGCAACUGCAACAGCUACCCACAGGCUGA